CCCGACCAACCAUAACCUAGUUCACUAUUUUUUACAAUAAAAUCAGCUCGCAAAAAGUGUCGGAGUUUUUGCAAAUUCAAAUUUUUUUUUUUUCGCGCGCUUUGUUAAUUUUUCGAUAUUUGAAUAUUUAUCGGAGAUCCGGCCCCGGAAUCGGCGUCCAGAAUGACAAGUGUCACUGAGUGACACCAGACAUUAAAUAUAUAAUAAUAAUAAUAUGAAAAAAAAUAAUAAUAAUAUGAAAGUUAUCAGUUAACAUUUAGGACUCGUGACAAUAAGCAGCAAAAGUUGUUAAAUAUUUUUGGGUUGAGUUGGACCAAUUGUCAAUGGACAUUUGCUCAUUACCCAGUUAUGUAUUCUGUAAAAUUAAGUUAUGUGUCUAUGUCUACCUCGUGGUUAUCAUUUAAAACGUGACAUCUCAUCAUUCUGUUAUUAUUAUUAUCACUAUUAUUUAUAUUUAUAAUAAUUACUGGUGAUAAAUGAUAAGAUUAGAUUUAAAAGUAGAUUGAAUAAUAUUACAUAUAUAUUUUGUAUUUAAAUAAUAACAUAAAUUUUAAUUACGGGUAUAGUUUUAUUUUUAUAUUUAAUUAGAAAUGGUGAAUAUUGAUAAAAUAAAAGAGACUUAUCCGCUGCAUUGGCUGGUUUGGAAUAAUGAUUACCAUCAGCUUGAUACCGUAUUGUCAACUAAUCAGCAUGACAAAGAGAAACACGACGCCAGAGGCAGGUCGCCUUUGAUGCUGGCGGUAACGCUGGGAUACAAAGAAUCUGUUGAGGUUUUGUUGAAUCACGAGGCCAAUGUUUAUACGGAAAACACGCAGGGAUGGAGUGUGGUCCAGGAAGCAACGGGUACAGGUAAUCCAGAGAUAUUGCAAAUGAUAUUGGCACGAAGAGACUAUCAGAGAUAUUGCAAUCGGAUUGAUGGUAUCCCUGAAUUACUUCAUAAGUUAAAACAAGCACCGGAUUUUUAUGUUGAAAUGAAAUGGGAAUUUACUAGUUGGGUUCCCUUGGCAUCGCGUAUGUGUCCCAGUGAUACUUACAAAGUAUACAAACAAGGAAGUAACGUAAGAAUAGACACCACAUUACUGGGUUUCGAUCACGCGAACUGGCAACGCGGUAAUCUCAGUUACGUCUUCAAGGGCCAGAACGUACCAAGUGCACCUGUGACUAUUAGGUGCGAUAGGAGUUAUGUCUUCCGCAUGGUUGGAGAUACACCAGAUGACGGCGCUACGAUGAUGGAAGUGGACCACGAGACACGAAAAGUCUACGUCGAGCACAUGAAAUUAAUAGACGACGAAAAUGUCCAGCUGAUGGCGCCCUCCGAGGAAGGAAUCGUCGCCCGGCUGACCAACCCAAUAGUCACGACCUACGUCGACACGGACAAAAUAAGUUUCGAGAGAAACAAAGCCGGGAUAUGGGGGUGGAGGUCGGACAAAAGUGAAGUGAUUAAUGGUCACGAGUGCAAAGUCUUCAGUGCCAGUAAUGUCGAAUUGAUCACUAAGACACGUCUUGAACAUUUGUCUGAAGCGGAUAAAGUACGGAGUCAUACACCCCGUACUCCGCUUCAAUCUUUCCUGGGUAUUGCAGAACAACAGCAGGAAGAAAAUGGCGGUGCUACGUGUAGCGAAGAAUUUAUAAAUGUGGGAAAUCAUUCCAACAUAACUCCGGAAGAAUAUUUCGACCCAGAUGUUGACCUAAAUGGCCGCGACAUCGGGCGACCUAAGGAAGUCAACACAAAAAUUCAAAAAUUCCGCGCGACUUUGUGGCUGUCAGAAGAGUAUCCACUGAGUCUCCAGGAACAGAUCAUGCCGAUCGUCGACCUGAUGGCGAUAUCCAGUACCCACUUCGCGAAGCUUAAAAAUUUCAUUCAAAUGCAACUGCCUUCAGGUUUUCCCGUUAAAAUCGAAAUUCCACUGUUCCAUGUGUUAAAUGCGAGAAUAACCUUCGGGAACAUUUUCGGACUAGACCAGGAAGUGCCGCACGUGAAGAGGAUUCAAGAGGGCACCAGAACAACGUGCGUCGUUGAUGAUAUUUGCUUCGAAGCACCACCGGGUUACAUAAAACUCGGCGCGCUCGAUCGUACGCAAUUCAGUAUUGAAGAGGAAGAUGAUCUUCUGCAAUUUGCCAUCCAGCAGAGUUUGCUCGAGGCCGGGAGUGAAAGGGACGAGGUCGAUAUUUGGGAAGCUCUGCGAGCCCAGAAACCCUCGCGACCGACAACCCCGAGUUUGCUGACCGAAGAAGAACGUCAGCUUCAAAGAGCAAUCCAGGAGAGUUUGGAGCUCUAUCAAGAGACUGCGGAAUCUCUUGGCGAAAACGGGAGGACAAGUUCUAGGUCAAAUAUCAUAGACGGACAUGAGAUCGGGAAUAAUGAACUCAUUGAAGAUCCAACUGCUGAUCAAUUGAAAAUAGCGAUGAGACUUUCAGAACAGCAGCAGUUAGAAGACGAACAGAGACGACUGCUAGAAGAAGAAACUUUUCGUCAGGUGCUUGAACUUUCGCUUACUGAUAAAUAAUUUAAGUUUUUACUUAGGAAUUUAUAAUACUGGAUUUUUAUUAAUGAGGAGGCCAAAUUAUUGUGGUGUUGAGAUCUUCCUUAAGGGAAAAAAAAAAAUAAAUAAAAAAAAAUGAUUGACAAUUAAUAUGUUUAAGUAAAAAAAAAAAAAAUUAAUUGAUCACGAUGCUUUUAAUAAGCGUCUGAAUAAAAUGGCUGCCGAUAUUUAAAAUUUUAUACUGCGAUUAGCAAAUAUAAAAGUUGAUAAAUAAUAAAUAAAUUAACAUCUUAUAUAAUAGAUAAUUUAAAUAAAAGUAUCAGAAUGUAGUUUAGGUAUGAACGAAUUGAAGAUUUUAUUAAUUUCUUAAAUUAAAUAUUUUAUAUGGGAGUGAUGCGAGUAGCUCACGGAUUCAUGAUAAUGAUAAUUAUUAUUAUUGUUAUUGAUGAAUGAUAACUUGGAAGAUGAAUAUCGAUAGUGGUGUCGCGUGAAUUCUAAUUGAUUGAAAGUAAAUAAAAACUAAUGUGUAAGUUACCGCUAAUUGUCAAUGUAAUUGACGUAAAUCACUCAUUAAAUGAUUCUUUAUUUGAAAAUA